AUGAAAGACAAGGAAGAGAAAAUGCCCCUAUUUGGUUUGAAUAAAAAAUCAUCAGAAAAGUUUAAAGAAUUGCAUCAGACAGAGAGAUUGAUAGGGUUUAUCUCGAAGCAAUGUCAUUAUUCAGGAAACUUUCAGAAGAAUCUUCUUAAAAUCUUCAUGUAUCAUCAAUGGAAAAUAUUUCCCGACCUGAGAUCUCGUAAAGCGCUACGUGCAAUGAAAAGCUAA